GUAAGAGGUUUAGGGGGGAACAUUUGAAGGCAACAUCACCAUCGAUCAGUAUUGCACUUCCCCUCAAGCAUCCCCACACGACACACAGGGCUCUCACAGGCGGCAGCAGUGUUGUAUGUGUGUGUGUGUGAGAGAGAGAGGUGCAAAGCAUCAGACAACAUGACCAUCCGAAACGUUCUCCGGGAUCAUGGACAGAGGUACCGACCACGGAUGGCUUGUCUCAAAAAGGCGGAGAAGGUGGUCCUCGAGAUGCAGGACCCCGCAACGGGAGUGAAGCUACAGCCUCAGAGACUGGUUAUCACCACAAUACCACAUGCUAUUACUGGUGAAGACAUAGUUGCGUGGUUAGCAGACAGAUUCCAAAUCGAUGCACAAGAGGCGAGGAGUUUUGGCUCCAUGCUGGUGGCGUUAGGAUACAUCUACCCUAUACAAGACCACAAGCGUUUAGUAGUCAAACCAGAUGCAUCCCUGUAUCGCUUCCAGACACCAUAUUUCUGGCCCACACAGCAGUGGCCUGUUGAGGAUACAGAUUAUGCAAUCUACCUGGCAAAAAGAAACAUACGUAAGAAAGGAAUCCUGGAGCUGCACGAGCAGGAGCAGUACAACCGUCUUCACAAGUGGAUGAAUCAUAAAUGGGAUUUUAUAGUGAUGCAAGCUAAAGAACAGUAUAGAGCUGCUAAGGAGAGAAAGAAACCGGACCGUGUGGUGUUUGACUGUCAGGAGAGAGCCUACUGGGUGGUUCACAGACCUCCGCCAGGGACAGUGAGUGCCAUGGACUAUGGACUGGAAAGACUAAUAGAUCCAAAUGCACACGAGGCAAAAACACCCGAUGACUACGAGAGGAUCAUGAUUUUCACCCAGCAGUCCAUCAUGCGUCCCAGAGUGAAAUCAUCAGUGUCCAUUGGCGCGUUGGUGAAAUACUGUGCCACUUAUAAAGGCCACGACCCUUUUCUGUCCAAGUGUCUUCCCAGCAACCCCUGGCUCACUGAUGACGUCACAUACUGGGCUUUGAACAUGCCCAAUGUGGAAAUACCCACUAAAAUGCGUGUGGAGAGGUGGACGUUCAGCUUUGGAGAGCUCCUUUCAGACCCGCGAGGACGAGAUGACUUCAGACUGUUCCUAAAGAAAGAGUUCAGCGGUGAGAACUUGGCAUUCUGGGAAGGUUGUGAGGAUCUGAAGUGGGGCACUGCUGCGACAAUGAAAGAGAAAGCAGAGCAGAUCUACAAGACUUUCCUGGCACGCGGUGCUCCACGAUGGAUCAACAUCGAUGGAAAGACGAUGGAAAUCACAGUGAAAGGUCUGAAACACCCACACAGAUACGUCCUGGAUGCAGCCCAGACUCACAUCUACAUGCUCAUGAAGAAGGACUCAUAUGGCCGAUACCUAAAAUCUCCAGUGUUUAAGGAAACAAUGAAGAAGGCCGUAUGUCCCGAGGAACACAAGUUCAGUGACUCCCAGUUGGAGCAAAAUGCAAGGAACAGACGGCCCAGUCUCAGUCCCAUCAUCAUCCGGCAACAGGAGCAGGAGCAAAAGGCCAAGAUGGCCGCCAGUGCCCCUGUUGACAUCACACAGCUGUGCCGCUUUACCACUCCUGUGCCCCACCUCGCUGUCUAUUCUGGCAUCACUGACCCCCCCUCCGCCAACGCCUCGCCCUCUCUUCCCUUUUUGGCCCACACUCCAGCCUGUCCGUCCCCCAUCAGCGUGGCCUUAGACAGCACCUCUGCCUCUGAGCGGCGAGCGGAAGCCAGUGAGGGGGAAAGUGAGGGGAACCCUGAGGCCCGAGCAUCUGCAGGAGGGAACGUGUCCAAGUCUCGCGUGGCUCUAUCCCUGCGUCGUCUACUCAAGCGUGGCUGUACUCCCUCCUCUAUGUUUGCCAGCUUGUCACCUAAAUGUAAUUCAGCUGCCGGGACAAGCAGCCGCAUACAGCCAAUCACCCCAGAUGAACCUAGUCAGGCUCCGCCCAGACGGAUUGGCAACUUUUUUCAGAUUAAAGUGGAUAUUCCUCCGGAGUGCCGCAUCUACCCCAUUGAGUCUGAGGAUGAGGAUGAGGAGAACAGAGCUAUCUCUCGGGAAAGAUUGGGAACCAAAGAGAUCAUCUGCCCUUGGGAGAGCCUCACUCCACAGAAUGGGACAGGCUAAUACACAGGUAUAAAAUGGUGGGACCAGACCAUAAUGUAUAACAUAAAUUCGAUCAACAAGAGGACAGACUGACAGCAUUCUUUCUGGGAUACUCUAAAAAUGGCUGUCUAGAGUGGACCAAACAUUAACUUGCUGUACCUGCCUGCCUGUUGGCUUGAAAUGGCCCAUUGUCACACAUGUUGCAGCAUAAUCCUAAUUUCACUGUCCAUGCUCAGAACUUUCAAAACAUUUUGUUUUCAACAAUAUGGCUCAGUACACAGAGUUUAUGCAGGCCUGGUUAUGUCCAUAUAUAGCAAAUAAUGGUCUGAAGAGUGUUUUAAAGCCUUCUUUAUGCUACUGUCACAUCAAGAAAACCAAAACUUGCAACCUUGUUGUCUCUGAAAUGGUUGCUUCAAAGACCGAGACCACGUCUUACAGUCAGGUUUCACCUUCAAACCAACUUUGGUACAUCAAAGCAAAGAUUAAACAGCAACAUGAUGAGUCAGUCUGCUAGCAGCCUGCUAUCUGCGACUGAAUACGUUUAAUGACAGCAAAAAAGCUGUUUGUGAUGAUAUGGCAAUCAAUGUUCCCUCUAAUUUUUCAUGUGUCUGAGCGUACACACAAACUCCCUGAGCAGUCCCUUGGACCACUGUGAGCAACAGCAGACAUGUGCACUGUGGUCGCGCCAGCAUCUAAUCCAUCCAAGUUACAUGGUUUAUUAAAAUAAUCAAAUUACAGCAUUUCCAUUUAUGGUAGACUACUUUUAAAAUGCUUUAGCUCAUUCACAAUGAAAAUGUAAAAAAAAAUCUAGCCAUUGGCCUGUGUAGUAUGUUAACACUAUUGGAAGUAAAAAUAACUUGAACUCCAAUUUCGAAAACACAACUUUCUUUCUUUCUUUU